AUGCAAAUCACCGCCCUUGCCCUCUUCACCGGCAACCAUUCUCUUGCACUCAGUAAGGUGAAACUCGCAAAGGACUUUAUCAAUAACCAAGUGACAUCUAAUGGCUCCCAACCCCAAGAGCUUGCUCGUACGCGGAGUUUCCACUACUCCAACUUCGAUCUCACCGCACACCUACGCUGGGCAUUAAUCGCACGGAAACUGGGAGUCGACUUGUUCAAAUUCAAAGGCCCACAGGGUCAGACGCUGUUCAAGGCGGUGAACUUCCUGGUGCCGGCGGCGACCGGGGGCGCGGGUGAUUGGGAGUAUCCGGAGCUGCAGUUUACACAGUAUGCAGCAACGGAUAAUAUCCAUGCAGCGGCGCAGGAGGGCGAUCUUACGGCAGAGGUGGCGGUCAAGAAGUUGUUGCCCCCUCCUGGCGGUGAUAUCUUUGUGUUGAGGCCGGCGCCGCAGCAGUUGGACAAUAUCAAUACCACUUGA